CAGCCAUAAACAGUGUAAAUAAAGCGGGAUAGCAAACGUACAGUUUGUACACUAACCGCAUGUUUCAUCCAGGCCAACACAUCGAUUACAUUUUGGCUAUAUUUUCUUUUUUAUCCAUGUUUGCUCGAGCAGGAUCUCUAUCCAGGGUGACAUGGACCGGCUGCCGAAGAAUGGGAAAUUUUACAUCCUCGACAUCUGUGGCCGGUUCAUCAUGUGUACAGCAUGUUCAGGAGAUGGUGUCACAGAACUGUGUUGUGAUAUUUUCCAAGUCCACCUGUCCUUAUUGCAAAAUGGCCAAGAAUGUGUUCAAUGAAAUUGGUGCAACCUACAAAGUGAUUGAACUGGAUGAGCACAAUGAUGGGAGGAGAAUGCAAGAGGCCUUAGCUCAGAUGACCGGUGCCAGAACGGUGCCGAGAGUCUUCAUUAACGGAAACUGCAUCGGGGGUGGCUCUGAUACCAAACAACUCCAUCAGCAGGGGAAGUUGCGGCCCCUGAUCGAGCAGUGUGCUCCCUGUUGUGCUUCCAGCUCCGACGGCUCGGGUAGCGGACAGUUUGAGUCAGCCAAAUGACUAACCGUUCUUGUAGUUCUUUUCAAUACGGUGUUUAUGAAACAUCUACUUGAUCUCGUGUUGCAAGUUCAACAUUGCUUGAGCAUGACUAUGUUAUAUAUUUAUCAAAGUGCAUUAAAUGUCAGGCUACAUACCUUUUCAUACAGGGAUGUACAGUAUUAGUGUUAUUAUUAAAGCUGCCAUAUUUAAAACAAAAACUGAACAUCAUUGGUAUGUGAGGUAUUGACAGUUUGAUUCAAUUGAGGUCAUUCGUCAUAUGUUGUACGAUUAAUGUAGCUUGUUAUUUUUUAUAUGAUUAGCACAUCAACUUGUAAAUUGUAUUUAAACAACCAAUGUGAAAAAUAUUAUGAUUUUGUAAAACAUGUUUUACCUAGCCGUCGAAGCAUUUUAAAAGUCUACCUGAAAUGUUAGCAGAAGCUAUGUUAUAUUCUGAAUUUAUUUGUUAAACCACCCAGGUAAAAAAAUAGUAUGCUUAAAUUAUACUUUUAGAUAAAUGUGCUAUUUUGGUCGCAUUCAAGUAUACUAAAGUGUACUCAAGUAGUACUGGAGUACUACUUAAUCAUUAGUUGAGUAUACUUGAAGUGUAAAUAGUGUGCUAAAUUGGCAGAACUUUUUGUAAACUUUAAGUGUACCAAAGCACAACCGUUAAAAUCAUGAUUUGUGUGCAUUCAAAACACACUUUAAGCACAAUUGUAUUGUAUCACCAGUGUGUUGGAAAUAUACUUAAAAGGGUAUUUGUGUGCAUUCGAAACACGCUUUAAGUAUAAUUGUAUUAUAUCACCAGUGUGUUGGAAAUAUACUUAAAAGGGCAAUUCAUAGCUCAAUUCAUAGUAAUUCAUAAGUGUGUUUUCAACAUACUAUUAUCAUACUUAGUCAAGCACACCUGUUAUAUUUCCAAUUAACUUCAAAUGCACUUUCUGACUGUAUUUAAUACUUUUAAAUUGUGCUAUUAUGUUAAUAAAAAUGUAUUUAUAGAAAGGUUCUAUCACAAUUUAAGCACCAUAAAUCCAUGUAUUUUAAGUAUAAUGUUAUUAUACUAUAAUGUAGAGUAGAAGUGUAUGGUAUCACUGCUUAUACUACAGAAUAGAAGAAUACGAAAUGUUACCACUGCAAGUACUGGGUUAUGUGUUACAGAAGCAUACUUACAAUACAUCACUAUUAUACGUUAUACACUUUAAGCUACUUCCGGAUACCACUUAAGUACACACCAAGUGUGCUAUUCUGUUUCAUGACAAAUUGCACUUCAAUUAUGAGAAA